AUGUACCUGGCGCAGUGCACACGUCCGGAUAUAUGCCACGCUGUCAACGUUUUGUGCAGAUUCAAUGAAAACCCCGGAGAAAAACAUUGGAACGCCGUCAAACAUCUGCUGAGAUACCUGAGAGGCACCUCGAAUUUUCGACUAACGUACAGGAAGGACGCCGACUCGACGAUUACAGGGUACGCUGACGCGGAUUGGGCUACGAGCAGUGAGGACCGGAAGUCCAUUACAGGAUUCGUUUUCAUCGCGCAGGGUGGUGCGAUUUCCUGGUGCUGCAAACGUCAACAGACUGUAGCACUUUCGACUUGUGAAGCCGAGUACAUGGCGCUCUCGGCAGCCGUACAAGAAGCGCUUUGGUGGAAGCGCCUGCGUGCAACGUUUGAUGUCGAUGAAGCGGUCCAGAUCAAUUGCGACAACCAAAGCACUAUCGCAGUUGCCAAAAACGGUGGAUACUAUCCAAGGACCAAGCAUAUCGACAUCCGUCAUUGCUUCAUCAGGGAGGCUGUUCAACGCGGCGACGUCGAUGUUGUCUACAUCAGUACCGACAAACAACUGGCGGACUGUUUGACGAAGCCGCUCGCAAAACCCAAGAUCGAGCUCCAGCGAGAUGCUAUGGGAAUCCAGAGUCAGUAG